GCGCGCACUCUGGGUGCUUUCUAAUUGGUGCUUGCACUCUUGUGUAAAGGUGGAGGCUUGGCUCAUCGCUGCUGCGUGGCUCAGAAGAAACUUGCGCGGUUGAAACUUUGACAAACAUCGUUAAAUGUCUGUCACAUAGCUACACAUAUUUAAAGUAUAUGUUGUUCACGAACUCUCCCAAUGUCUGACGAGGGAGAGGAAAGCGACAGCGGCGAGAGAGGGCAUCUCUCUGAAUCUCCCUCCCCGCCUCUGUCCGCCUGUCUUCCCCGAGGAUCUCCUUCCUCUCCGCGGCACCUAGACCUCUUCUCCUCCGCUUCUCCUCUGCUGGGGGACACAGACCCGCCUUACUUCGCUUCUCCGGAGUGUCUUCACCCGUCUCCAGAGAACCGGGAACCCGGGGACUCCCUACCCCUCACACCGCCAAAGUUCCACGAGGACACCGGGGACACCGGCUCUCCGUUUCGUUCGCGGCAGGAUGUGCGGAUAGAUGCAGUGUACGACCACUACGAUGACCCGUUCCCCAAGUGGAGACGACGAGGCGCGGCGACCACUGAGCGCUUUCAGCACCACGGACAGAGACUCCACCUGGCUCCGGAGCUCUCGGACCCCGGGAACCACUACUCUGUUGAACAAAUCGACACCGAGCUCAGCUCCGAAACCAGGCAAACGGUGGAAGCCAUGCAUCGCCGGCACACCACACUAAGAGAGAAGGGGCGUCGCCAGGCAGUGCGAGGCCCGGCCUACAUGUUCAAUGAACGUGGCUCGCCCCUCACUGCAGAGGAGGAGCGUUUUCUGGAUGCUGCUGAAUACGGGAACAUUCCUGUGGUCCGCAAAAUGCUGGAAGAGUCGAAAACCCUCAACUUCAAUUGUGUGGACUACAUGGGCCAGAAUGCUUUGCAGUUGGCAGUGGGCAAUGAACACCUAGAAGUGACUGAGCUGCUUCUAAAGAAGGAUGGUUUGGCUAGGAUUGGGGAUGGUCUGCUUUUAGCUAUCUCAAAGGGUUAUGUUCGAAUCGUUGAAGCCAUUCUCGCCCAUCCUGCUUUUGGUGGGGGUCUCCGACUGGCUUUGAGCCCUCUGGAGCAGGAGAUGCGUGAUGACGACUUUUUUUUUGCUUAUGACGAGGAUGGAACACGUUUUUCGCAUGAUGUCACGCCCGUCAUCCUGGCUGCUCACUGCCAGGAGUACGAGAUCGUCCACAUCCUUUUGACAAAGGGGGCCCGCAUAGAAAGGCCACAUGACUACUUCUGUAAGUGUUCAGAAUGUGUGGAGAAACAGAAGAAAGACUCGUUCAGUCACUCACGCUCCAGGAUGAAUGCAUAUAAGGGCCUGGCCAGUGCAGCUUACCUGUCACUCAGCAGUGAAGACCCUGUUCUGACUGCCCUCGAGCUCAGCAAUGAACUGGCAAGACUGGCCAACAUUGAGACAGAGUUUAAGAAUGACUACCGUAAGCUGUCCAUGCAGUGUAAGGAUUUUGUGGUGGGUGUGUUGGACCUUUGUCGGAACACAGAGGAAGUGGAAGCCAUACUGAACGGCGACGUGGACCAGUGCCCUCCAAGCCCCUACAACCGACCCUGCCUCAGCCGCGUCAAACUGGCCAUCAAGUACGAAGUUAAGAAGUUCGUUGCCCAUCCCAACUGUCAGCAGCAGCUGCUGACUAUCUGGUACGAGAACCUGCCCGGUCUGAGGCAGCAGUCCAUCGGGGUGAAGUGCUGGACAGUGCUCGGGGUCACCGUAGGUCUGCCCUUCCUGGCUAUCGCCUACUGGAUAAUGCCAUGUAGCAAGCUUGGUCAGAUCCUGCGAAGCCCCUUCAUGAAGUUCGUGGCUCAUGCUGUCUCCUUCACCAUCUUCUUGGGUCUGCUGGUUGUCAAUGCCUCCGACCGCUUUGAGGGUGUCAAGAACCUGCCCAAUGAGACCAUCACAGACCACCCGCGACAGGUGUUCAGGGUCAAGACCACCCAGUUCUCCUGGACAGAGAUGUUGAUCAUGAAGUGGGUGUUGGGUAUGAUUUGGUCAGAAUGUAAGGAGAUCUGGAGCGACGGGCCCAGAGAGUACGUCAUGCACCUGUGGAACGUUCUGGACUUUGGCAUGUUGUCCAUCUUUGUGGCGUCCUUCACGGCUCGCUUCAUGGCGUUCCUCAAGGCGUCCAAAGCCCAGCAGUAUGUGGACAUGCACGUACCAGACGAAGACCUCAGCAACGCCUCGCUGCCUGACGAAGUCGCUUACUUCACUUACGCCAGGAACAAGUGGCGCCCCUCAGACCCCCAGAUUAUCUCAGAAGGCCUGUACGCCAUCGCAGUGGUGCUGAGUUUCUCACGCAUUGCCUACAUCCUGCCAGCCAACGAGAGCUUCGGCCCACUGCAGAUCUCACUGGGGCGCACAGUCAAAGAUAUCUUCAAGUUCAUGGUCAUCUUCAUCAUGGUGUUUGUGGCCUUCAUGAUUGGCAUGUUCAACCUGUACUCAUACUACCUGGGAGCCAAGUACAAUCCUGCCUUCACCACGGUGGAGGAGAGUUUUAAGACUCUUUUCUGGUCGAUCUUCGGGCUAUCUGAAGUGAUCUCAGUGGUGCUGAAGUACGACCAUAAGUUCAUAGAGAACAUUGGCUACGUGCUGUACGGUGUCUAUAAUGUCACGAUGGUGGUCGUCCUCCUCAACAUGCUCAUUGCCAUGAUCAACAGCUCGUACCAGGAGAUAGAGGAGGAUGCUGACGUGGAGUGGAAGUUUGCCCGAGCCAAGUUGUGGCUCUCCUACUUUGAUGAGGGCCGCACCCUACCCGCUCCCUUCAACCUGGUUCCCAGCCCAAAGUCCUUCUACUACCUGGUCCUCCGCAUCAAGUCCGGCCUAAUACGCCUCUGCAAGGCCAACGGCUGUCGCCGUAAUAACGAGCUGGAGAUGGGCAUGCUUAACUCACAGGCCAAGGAUGAGCGCUUCAGGUCUUAUCCACGCCCGGGAGAAGAGUUCUUCCCCAGAAAAUCUAGAAAACACCCGACCCGAUACCAGAAUAUCAUGAAGCGCCUUAUCAAGCGGUAUGUGCUGAAGGCUCAAGUGGACAGAGAGAGCGAUGAAGUCAACGAAGGUGAGCUGAAGGAGAUCAAACAAGACAUUUCCAGCCUCCGUUAUGAGCUCCUGGAGGAGAAGUCCGAGGCCGCUGGAGAGCUGGCUCUGCUCAUCCAACAACUUGGCGACAAGUUUGGCAAGAACACCAUGAGACACUGACAGGACUCGCUAGAAGGAGAGAGAGGGAAGGAGGGAGAAAGAUGUGAAAGAGGGUGAAAUCAUGAGGAGGUGGGGGCAGAAAGCACGGUCAGGGUAGGUGUUUUUAAGACCUUGAUAGCAGAAAAGGGGAAAAAAGGGAGAGGUGGAAGCAGGAUGUUUAUGAGAUAGACAGGGAAGAAAUUGGAGGAAAAGCUUUAGAGCAACAUGCUGGGCACAGAGUGAAAUGUUGCUUACUGAAGGCAAAAGGCAAAUGUUUUGGAUAUGCAAUGACCAGUUAGGGAGGAAUGUGAAAAGAGGAUAGCAGGGACUGCAAGUGUACAUGAAGUCAAAGGGUCAGAGGGGAAGUAAACUCAGUUGGAGGGGAUUUGUGUUGACAGCUGAAUUCUAAUUAAAGGCAACAACUUGAGAGAGGGAGAGAGGAAGACAGAGGCUCGCAGGCUGGGUGGAAGAUAGAGGGAGACGAAUGAGGAAGAGAACACAAGCACCUUGAGAUAUAAAGAGGCACCACAGGGCAGGAGACUGAGGCAGCGCAGCGAUGAGGGCCCCCACAUCCGCUGCCAAGAGAUAUCAGUGCAACACCAACUUGGAGGAGAGAGAGGAAAACCCAGAGCAGGGAUGACACAGAGGGAGUGCUGGAGAGCGAGGGGGGACAAGAAAGAAAGAUAUCUGAAAAAAACUGCCACUGUUAUUUACACCAGAAAAGCUGGCUUUGCUUCUGUGUCUUCACUUUGUCAGCAUAGUGAUGCCUGUCGAGAUACUGUACCCCUUUAUACACCAGGCUAUCUAAUUAAUGCAUUUCCAUCCACAAUGCACAACUUAUGAUCAGGAGUCAGAUGAUUCAGGAAAAAGCAGAAAACGUUGUAGGAUUUAUGCAUUUGAAAGUCAUUAAAGCUCACUCAAAAAUGUAGCAUUAUCCUCUCAUUGUAAUGUCAGUCAGAGACUUUUGCAUGUCCACAUAACACACAGUGUGCUGUAUAGACAUACAGCAUUGCAGCUCCAUGUGAACUGUCUCCAAGAGAUCACAUGUUACUAGAAUCUGGCUUUGCAGAGUUUCAAAAGAAAGGCAAAAGGUUAUAACAUCACUCCAGACAGCAUGUCUUUUACCUCUCUCAGAAUUAUUUAAAAUACAAUGUACUAAGCGAGCACAUGCUGCCAGACAUGUUGCAAGUAUGGCUAACUCAAGGAUAGCAAAUACAGAUAGGAUGUACAAAAACAAAGAGGAUCGUUUCACAUGACACCUCUCUCCCUUUGUUUAAAGUCUAGGUCUCAUGCAUAUUUGAACAUCUUCAAGCCAAUAAACAUGUUAAAUAUGACCUAGAUAACUGCUGUGGAUAUUCCUUUUCAUUAUGCCUUUGCAGCACAAAGUGUUUCUGUGCGACACGUUUUCUAAAGUAGUAGCUAAAAAGCGACAUGUCCUCGAGGAGUUGUGUUUACAGCUGUAAAAUGCAGGAGGUCAGUGCUUAUGAGGAGCACAUGAAGGCAGAAAAACUCCUCUGUCUGAUCGCUUUAAGGGCAACCAGACUUUUGAGAGAUGAGAAAAUGAGGGAGACAGAGACUUUUGGAACAACAGUGCAAUCAUUUAGCUAUAAAACACUGGGAUUCUGCUGCAGAAGCUGUGUGGAGUAAUUUUAUGGUCUUGUUUUUCUUUUGGAGAAUGGCUGUUAGACUUCACCAGUGAUUCCACUGACGUGGGGAUGAGUAGGUAAUAGUUGAAUUGUUGCUUUCAGUAAAAUAUGGAGAAAAUGUGAUCCCAAUAAUAAUGCACAUGAUAAACUGCUAAUUCUGCCCAUUAAAAACUUUUUUAUUGCGCUAAGUGGAAAAUUGUAUCUACAACAAACAAUAUUACAGAUGUAGAUACAGAUAGGGUGCUAAAAAUUAUGUUGCCCUGUGGGAUCAGCCACAGUAUCUGUCCUGCAUUGCCAUUUUGUUCCACACUGCUUCUGGGAAACAGCAACAUCAAACAUUCACACAACACUGGUCUGCAUAUAUUUCCGUGUUGUCAUUCAAAAACUUCAUAAAUUAGACAGUUUUGAGGUUUUACAUUUUUAAAACACCACAUUUUUUAUUAUUCUCUUAUUGCGUGGAUGCUCUCAAAUGUCAUUAGCCUCAUAGGUGAGAAUCAGCAGGGGCCUACUGCACCAAUUAACACAUUUAGAGGGCUGUCAUUAUACAUCAUUUGUUUUGGUGGGGAAAAAGAAAUCAGAUCUUGUUCAUCUUAACAUCAUUAUCAUUUACAGUAAAACCUCAACUUGCAAGACUGUGAGAUGAGUUAUUUCCAUGACAAAUGACAAAUGAAUCCUUACAGGUUGUUUUUAAAGCUUCUAUGGUUAACAGUCUAAAGUCACUAGUAGGUGUAGUAGGCCCAAGCACACGUCUUAGCACCAUUAAAGCUGAGUGAUAAUUCUUAAUCAGAAGGCUUUAAACAUAAUUGAAAAAGUUGACUUUUCAGAGAUCUGAGGUUUUCAACCUAUAGUGACUGAAUCUAGUUUCAAAUACACAAAUGUUGUUUUGUCAAGAUUUUAUUUAAAUAAGUAGUGAGACUUGUGUCUUUAUUUGUACUGUUUGUUUCAGAGAGUGAAAGAGCAGCUAACUAUUUUCUGUGUGCAGAACCAGGCUAAUAAUGACAAGACUCCUAGCGAGCGUUUUAAGAUUCCCACCUCCUGAAAUACAAAAUUACCUGAAAUACUGUAUUUUUAAAUUGUACGCAAGAAAUAUUGAUUAAAGCUAAAUCUUGUACUGUAUAUUGUCAUAUUUUUGAUCCUUGAAUUAAAGAGAGUAAACUCUAAA